AUGUCCAAUGCCUCUUCUCCCGUCAAGCUCCAGGCCAUUUCUUGCUCAUUUAUUAAAGCUAUUUCUUCGUUGCGUUCAACGCUGUCGAGACAAAUUGUUCAGCGGAGCGAAUUUUCUGUUCUCAUUCCGUUUCUCGUUUAUGUACCUCUACCAGCAUCUAUCUAUCUGUCUAUCUAUCUAUCUAUCUAUCUAUCUAUCUACUUGGUGACGUUUGGCUUCUGUGGUUGUUCGAACCUAGGCAAAUGCCAGAAUUCUUUCUUUGGUAAUUAUUUCCGUCUUUUUAUGUCUAUUAAUAAUUCUCUUUUUCUCUUUUCUCUCUCUCAAACCGCAGUUAAUAUUUUUCUUUCUUUCUUUCUUUCUUUCUUUCUUAGCGAUUUUUCAUUACAUUUUUCUUUUUCCUUCUUUCUUGAUGUCUUUAUUUUAUUUUUUCUAUCUCAGCCUUUUUUUCUUUCUUUGUUUUUCCUCUUUCCUCAAAUCUUUACCUUUUCCUAA